CCAUCUAAAGAUGGAGGCCAACGGAACAGAGGGAAAGAACUUCUACAUCCCCAUGUCCAACAGGACUGGGAUUGUACGAAGCCCCUUCGAAUACCAGCAGUACUAUCUUGCCGAUCCGAUCCUGUUCAAGAUGUUGGCUGUCUACAUGUUCUUCCUGAUCUGCACCGGAACCCCCAUCAACGCUCUCACGUUGCUGGUCACCUUCCAGAACAAGAAGCUCCAACAACCCCUGAACUUCAUCCUGGUCAACCUGGCUGUGGCUGGUCUCAUCAUGUGCUGCUUCGGCUUCACCAUCACCAUCACAUCUGCCGUCAACGGCUACUUCAUCCUGGGAGCGACCGCGUGCGCCGUGGAGGGAUUCAUGGCUACGCUAGGAGGUGAAGUAGCUCUGUGGUCCCUGGUGGUCCUGGCUGUGGAGAGAUACAUUGUGGUCUGCAAACCCAUGGGAAGCUUCAAGUUCACCAACACCCACGCCGGUGCCGGAGUUGCUUUCACCUGGAUCAUGGCUUUCGCUUGCGCCGGCCCACCACUGUUCGGAUGGUCCAGGUACCUCCCAGAGGGCAUGCAGUGCUCCUGUGGACCAGACUACUACACCCUGGCUGAAGGCUACAACAACGAGUCAUUCGUCAUCUACAUGUUUACUGUCCACUUCCUCGUUCCAGUCUUCCUCAUCUGCUUCACCUACGGAAGCCUUGUGCUGACCGUCAAAGCUGCUGCAGCCCAGCAGCAGGAGUCUGCCUCCACCCAGAAGGCUGAGAAGGAAGUGACCCGCAUGUGCAUCCUGAUGGUCCUUGGCUUCCUGGUGGCAUGGACCCCGUAUGCCACCCUGACCGCCAUUAUCUUCUUCAACAAGGGCAUGAGUUUCACUGCCAUCGGCAUGGCCGUCCCUGCCUUCUUUGCAAAGAGCUCAGCGCUGUACAACCCCGUCAUCUAUGUGCUGUUCAACAAGCAGUUCCGUAACUGCAUGCUCAGCACCAUUGGAAUGGGAAGCGCCGUGGAUGAUGAGUCCUCAGUGUCUGGCAGCAAGACAGAAGUCUCCAGUGUGUCCACAGCCUCGUAAAGAUAACCUGAAAACAGUGUGCUUUUCUGGUUUUGUUAUGACUUUAAAUUGUUUCAUCUGUCUUAACUAUCGCCAAAUGAACACAUUGAGAACAUUUCUUGUGAGUAAUGAAUGGACUUUCACUUUCAAUGGACUUUCAAACAUUUGCGAGCUGAAUGAGAACCACACCGAGUGAGUGAGUGAAUGUGUGAGUUUAUGAGCAUUACAUCAUUGGAAAUGGUUACUAUAGUGUGGUCUUUCCACGUUCCACUCAUCCAUUCAUUAAGCAUCAGGCAUUUGAAUAUGUUCAUGUAAUUAUAUCGUUGACAACAACUUCACGGUUUGAACAAAAUGUCACUUGUAUAUAUUUUAUAAAUAAGAAAAAAUAGUAGCUAAUAAAUUAUU